AUGGAGGAGAACGGCACCAGUGUUCAGGAAUUCAUCCUGCUGGGAUUCCCGGCCAUCCUGGAGCUCCAAGGGUUGCUCUUUGUGGUCUUCCUGGUGGCGUAUGUGCUGACCCUACUGGAGAACAUGGUUAUCAUCGGCUUGAUCCGGACAAACUCUCACCUUCGCAAGCCCAUGUAUUUCUUCCUCAGCCACCUCUCCUUCCUGGAAGCCUGGUACAUUUCCGUCACCAUCCCCAAACUGCUGGUGAACUUCCUGGUGGAGGACAAAAGAAUCUCCUUUGUGGGCUGCAUGACCCAACUCUACUUCUUCAGCUCCCUGUUAUGCACCGAGUGCGUCCUCCUGGCAUCCAUGGCCUACGACCGCUACGUGGCCAUUUGUAGCCCCUUGCGUUACCCAGCCAUCAUGACCCACCGCUUCUGCCUGCAGUUGGUGGCAGUCUCCUGGGUGAGUGGUUUCUCCAUCUCCUUGGUCAAGGUGUCCUUCAUCUCACGCCUGACCUUCUGCGGCCCAGGGAUCAUCAAUCACUUCUUCUGCGACAUCUCCCCGGUGCUGAACCUGGCUUGCACCGACAUGUCAGUGGCAGAGACUGUAGACUUUGUGUUGGCCUUGAUCAUCCUGCUGGUCCCUCUGUUCGUGACAGUCGUCUCCUACCUCUGUAUCAUUGCUGCAAUUAUGCGCAUCCCCACCGUCCAGGGGAGGAAGAAAGCCUUCUCCACCUGCGCUUCCCACCUCACUGUGGUCAUCAUCUUCUUCUCCACCUCCCUCUUCAUGUACGCCCGGCCCAAGAAGAUUUACCCUUUCGAUUUGAAUAAGCUGGUGUCUGUCGUGUACACGGUUCUCACACCCAUGCUCAACCCCUUCAUCUACUGCCUGAGGAACCAAGAGGUGAAGGGGGCACUCAAGAAAGCUUUAUCUGGGCUGAGUAGUGUCCAUAAGGUCCCUGUGAUGGACACAGCCCACCAAAGGGACAGAAAGAUCCAUGCCGGUGAAACGUGA